GACUCUGCUGCUCUCCACAGUGUCCCGCCUGCACUGUGAGAGCGAGUCCUUCAAGAUGGACCUCAUCCUGGACGUGAACAUCCAGAUCUACCCUGUGGACCUCGGAGACAAAUUCCGCCUGGUCAUUGCCAGCACCUUGUACGAAGACGGCACCCUGGAUGACGGGGAGUAUAACCCCACAGACGAUAGACCUUCCAGGGCAGACCAGUUUGAGUACGUGAUGUACGGCAAGGUGUACAGGAUCGAAGGGGAUGAAACGUCCACAGAGGCAGCCACACGCCUCUCUGCCUACGUGUCCUAUGGGGGGCUGCUCAUGCGGCUGCAGGGAGAUGCAAACAAUCUGCAUGGGUUUGAAGUGGACUCCAGGGUUUACCUGCUGAUGAAGAAGCUGGCCUUCUAGAGGAGGAUGCAUCUAUCUUGCCUCCAUGGACUGUCCCAGAGACAUUUUGCUGGCAAGUAAACAGGAUGCCUGUGACCCUGCAUCCAUGCUCCCUGGCCU